AAUGGCCGCGGCAAGCGACGGUCACGCUUUCCCAUUCACUUCCCAGGACAUCAAAACAGAGGUGAAGAACUUCAUUCAGGGGUCUUCUACCUUCCGUAACAAGGUGAGCAGUGAAGAGCUGGCCAAGUCUGCUCUGUUCCUCCUGAAAACACUUCCCUCUGCCAGACACGCCGUCCUGGAGCACCUGUGUACUGUGUUUGAUGAUGCUGUCAACACACACAUACUGCACCUAGAGAUAGGGUCCAAUGUAUCAGAUACCAGCAUGCCUAACCUAGAUGCUGUCAUACAGGAUGCCUGCAGUGUGCUGGUCACAUUUAUCAGAACUAACCCAGAGGCCUGGGCACCCAUCAUAUCACAGUGGUCCAUCAACCUAUUGGGUCAGAUAAGCAGCAAGUACUCUGAGAGGAGGGCUGUGCCCCACUCUGCCAGUCUCAAUGAAUUAUUACAGCUGUGGAUGACAUGCCUGGCUACCAAGACCCUUAUGGAACUGGCAUCUGAAUGUUUUGCUGCUAUGAUCAGUGGAUCAGCAGAUGUUUGUGUCAGUGCAUUACUAGAGGCUUCUGUCAAGUAUUCUCCACACUUUGACUGGGUUGUGGCUCAUCUUGGCUCCUGCUUCCCACAGACCAUCAUCACCAGGGUGCUCAUGUGUGGCCUGAAGGACUUCUGUUACCAUGGCAGCAGCCAAUCAGACAUGCCAUCUUCCGAGAAAGUUCCCAAGAUGGCGUCAGUGGUGGGAAUUCUGGGACACCUGGCUGGGCAGCAUGGCCAGAAUAUCAGGAAGGCUUUGCUGGGACUGUUUGAGGAAAGCCUGAGGCCUGAUGCAGAUGCCAUGCAGCUGUCCACUGUCCCAUUCCUGCUUCAGCUGGCUUCUAUGUCCAACAUGCUGUUACAGGUGCUGACCACUGAUAUUGUCCAUACUUUAUCCACCAGUGCAAUGAACAAGUUGUCGAAACAGUUCACUGAGCAGAAAUCUCCCAGCAUGCAGGACACUGCAGGAUUGCUAAGUCUGGUGGUGCAUCUGAUCACAAGGAGCAGUGAGGGAGCAUACAAGUUGUUACAGUUCUUACUGGACUCUGCAGUGUGGAGUCCAGAGCAAGACUCUAUGGACUGUGAAGACCCUCUCUCUGCCAAAGUACGACACACCUGCUCUGUGGUGAUGGACCAGUUGGUAAUUGACCUACAGCAGAUUAUCCACAGGAAAGGCAGCAACCCUUCCACUGAGAUUCCAUUCCUAGCAGCUCUCCAAGGCCACGCAGUACACCUGGCAGAUAAACUUAUGGCUGACACCAAUAGUAAAAGGUGUUCUUGGCUGUCCAAGCUGCUGUGUCAGGUGGGGUUGUACUGUGGCAUCACCAGUGCCUCCGACAUACUCUGCCAUAUUGUAGUCAAUGCCACAGACAUGGAAAAGUUGAACAUAUUUAUUGAAAUGAAAUGUGAAAUGGAGACGCGUUUGCCUGAUGUCACACCUAACACAAUCCAGAAGGCAGUGGAGCGCCUCCAGCCUCAUUAUGAGGUGGAUGUAGCCAAGAUGAUCCACAACCUGCUCUGCAUCGUCAAGUGGGAGAGACAGACAGGAUUAGAGUUGGACUCAAACAAUUCCGUGUUUAGCUGCAUGAAAAACCAUGUGGUUGACUUGGCAACUCAGUUGCUAAGGCACGAUGUGAGCAUCUCCAUGGCAACCAUUGAGCUGUUAGCAACCCUGAGGUUAACCAAAGCACUUAGCAGUAGUGUCAGUCUAAAGUUGGCUGGACUGGUGGUCCAUUUUUUCUUCAAUGCCCUCUUUGAAAAAGAUGCGAGUAAGAAGGGCCAUUGCCUAGGUUACUGUAGGAAGUUCAUCAAGUGUUUAUGCCAGCACCCAGAGGUGAGACAGAUGAUGGUGAGAUUUCUGCUGGAGGCUGCAGUGUCACAGGAGUAUUCUGCUGCUCUUGGUGGGAAGUUUGACCCCUUGACCUCUGCCGAGUCUGUCAAAGUAACUCGUCCUAAGCCAAUGAUAUUGGAAGCCAAUAGAAAACACUCUGUGUACAUGGCACUGCCUCAGUCACAUGCCUCUGUAUUCCAUGCUGGAGUCAUCGGGAAAGGAUUGAAGAAACAAAUAGAAACACCUUUACUUACCAAGGCUCAGGUGUUUGCCAAUAGGCAGUUCUUUUCUGAGGUCAUCUGUGACUGUUGUUUCAACCAAGGACCAACUCCCCAGUGUCUGUACCCCCAGUCAGACAGCAGCUCUAGUAGAGACACCUAUCUCACUCUGGUCCAGGGGAAACCUGUCAGUGAGCAGACAGAGCAGGCACUGAAGACACUAGCGCUCCUGGUGGUGGAGUUGACAACUAUGGAUGUGCUGUACAAUGGUCUGCACUGGCCAGAGGAGAGAUGGAUGGAAUUCACUGUGGAGAGGAAUCUCUUUACAAGAAAAAAGAUAGAAGCUUACCCAGUUUUAUGGGACAUGUUGGACAUCAUAUCAUAUGACUAUUCUGCCCUUAGUCAGUGUUCCUGUGUACUGCGUGGUAUGGCGGCUGCCAUGAUGGCAUUCUGGGAAGGUGCGCGAGACAAGCUGGCCAGCAACACACCCAAGCAGCUGGAGCUCUCAUGUAGACUCAUAGAAGUCAUGGGGAAGGGUGGCCUCCUUCCUCCACCACUGUCCUAUAUAGGGGAAAUCUUCCCCCUGUUAACUCCAUAUGAAGUGAACUUACUGCUGUUAAGUGUGUGGAGGUAUAUGAAGGAGAAUCCCCCUAUACCUAUGAUCAAUGAUGAGGGAGUUAUGGAUAGGCCAUGCAGCCCUGAGCACACAGAAGUGAUCCGCUCCAUUCUACACAGUAAUAUUGGAAAACUGGGACAUCUGUACGCCAGGUUCUUCACAGAACACAAAGAGAAGACUUGAAUGACACCUGCAAAAUAGACAUUUGGCUUAAGCUAUAUGGUUUCAGGCCUAUUUAUGGUGUCUGUUAAGAUUGGAAGUAGAGUUCUACCCAUCAGAACUGUGUUAGCAUUGUCGGUGCUGGCAAGAAAAUAUUUUCUAGUCAGCUGUUGGUCAGAAUGUUCUUACCUUAAUAGGUGGGUAUUUAUAAUAUCAAGUAUUCAGGGAGUGUCAGGAAUUUAGAAAGGGAUGUCAAAAGUCCCACCAGUGAGAUCUGAAAUUGUGUUAUUGGAAUGUGUGGAGGAAGACCCACAGUGCCAUUGUGCUGGAGAAGACGGGCAUAUUGCGUUAGGUGAGACCACACUUUCAAUUGUGUAGAAUAACAGUAUUGUUACACUGGAUGCCAGUGACAAAUACACGUGUUUGAAAAUGAACAAUUCAAUACCUCUGAAACUUUCAGUGGAAUGAUUUUUAUGUACUGAGCUGGCAGUUUUCAAGCAGAUAUUCAUAAUUUAAAGCCAGGACAAAAAUUAAUGAGAAAAUGGAAAUGUAUGGAUAACGUUUGCAAUUAAUAAAAAAUGCAUUUACUCUCUGAA